AUGCGGCUGCUGCUCAUCGAGCGCUUGAUUGCCGGGUCGUUCGUCGGGUCGUCCAUCAUACGGCCGACGCUUUGCGAGGCCACCCUUCGCGCCUACGCCGCCGACCGCCGCGCCACCGCCGACCACUUCCCGUGGCUUGCGAGGGUGAGCCCGGCGCUCUGCCUCUCGGCAACGGUAGAAGGCGCUGGCGAGCAACGCGCCGAGACGUGGGCGCUGCGACGCGGCAACGAGCGGGGCGCUGAUCUGCGGUUGCGUUUCUUGAGGAGCGGCCUGGUGCGGCACUUCGAGGGCGGGCGAGGUGCGGAGCGGCUGGUGCGCUUGGAGUUUGCCGACGGCGUGGUGCAUCACUACGAGGGUGAGCGAGGCGCGGAGCGGCUGGUGCGGAAGGAGUCGCCCGACGGCACUGUGCAGGGGCAGUGCUACUACGAGGGCGAGCGAGGUGCGGUGCGGCUGGUGCGCGUGGUGCUUGCCGAAGGCAGCAUGCAGUACUACGAGGGAGAGCGAGGAGCGGAGCGGCUGGUGCGUGCGGACUUGGCCGACGGCAAGGUGCAGCACUUCGAGGGCGAGCGAGGUGCGGAGCGGACGGUGCGCGGUGUGCGUGCCGAUGGCGCCGUGCUGUACUUCGAGGGCGAGCAAGGCGCAGAGCGGGUGGUACGCGAGGAGUAUGCCAGCGCGGAGAUUGCCAACGGCGAGGUUCACUUCUACGAGGGCGAGCGAGGCGCGGAGCGGCUGGUGCGCGUGGAGUUUGCCAGCGGCGAGGUGCAGUACUACGAGGGCGAGCGAGAUGGGGAGCGGGUCGUGCGCGCGGAGUUUCCCGACGGCAUCGUGCAGUACUACGAGGGCGAGCAAGGUGCGGAGCGGCUGGUGAAGCACUUCGAGGGCGAGCGCGGUGCGGAGCGGGUGGUGCGCGGGGAGUUUGCCGACGGCGAGGUGCAGCACUACGAGGGCGAGCGAGAUGGGGAGCGGGUCGUGCGCGCGGAGUUUCCCGACGGCAUCGUGCAGUACUACGAGGGCGAGCAAGGUGCGGAGCGGCUGGUGCGCGCGGAGUUUCCCGACGGCUCCGUGCAGCACUUCGAGGGCGAGCGAGGUGCGGAGCGGCUGGUGCGCGCGGAGUUUCCCGACGGCGCCGUGCAGCACACGAGGGAGAGCGAGAUGGGGAGCGGAUGGUGCGCGUCGACGCCGCCUCGGGUCUAA